AUGAAGAUGGUCUCCUCCUCGCGCCUCCGCUGCCUCCUCCUGCUCCUCGUCGCGCUCACCGCCUCCAUCAGCUGCUCCUCCGCCGCCCAGAGAGACUCCAAACUCCGCCUGCUGCUGCACCGGACCCCGCUGCUGGGCUCCAAACAGGACAUGUCUCGGUCCUCCCUGGCAGACCUCCUCCUGUCGGACCUCCUGCAGGUGGAGAACGAGGCUCUGGAGGAGGAGAACUUCCCUCUGGCCGAAGGAGAGCCCGAGGACAUCCGCGUGGACCUGGAACGGGCCGCCGCCGCCGGCAGCGGGCCGCUGCUCGCCCCCCGAGAGAGGAAAGCAGGCUGCAAGAACUUCUUCUGGAAGACCUUCACUUCCUGCUGA